CAAUAGUUGGAGCGACUGUUCCACUGUCAGUGUUGAAGGUUACCUCGUGCGUAGUGGGUAAACGGAGCGAGGAGGAGACGGAUAUUUCGCUGCUCUCACACAUAGGCUACACGCCACCAAAGAGGCUGAAUUAAGAUAGCCUGAAUCUUAAGUCAAAUAUUUAAGUAAAAAAAAAAGAGCUUGAGUAGGAUAUUAUAAAACCAUGUUUUUGUGAAGCGCGUUCAUCAGACCAUAUGGUAGUGCCUUUGGUGGCACAACUUCUCCUUUGCUUCUGAACAGCCAGAGUCGAUAAACAAUUUGAGAACCUUGAGCAAAAUGUUCAAGCCCAACAGAGGAUAUCAAAAGCGGUGAAUUUGGAUAUCGUUGGAUUUAAAAGACGGAUCCCUAUAAGAGCAGUGACUCAAUCAAACUUAUGGCGUGAAGGGCCCGUUCUCGGCCUUCGUCACUCACAGCUAAUGGAUGUCCUCACACAGUAUGCCUACAAUGAGAGUUUCUGGGACAAUGAGAAUGGGAGCUUCAAUGACACAGAGAGUGGGCAGAAGCACCCGUACAAUUACUAUGCCAUGCUCCUGACGCUGCUCAUCCUCGUCAUCGUCUUUGGCAAUGUGUUGGUGUGCAUGGCCGUGUCCAGGGAGAAGGCCCUCCAGUCCACCACCAAUUACCUGAUCGUCAGCCUGGCCGUGGCUGACCUGCUGGUGGCCACCUUGGUUAUGCCCUGGGUGGUCUACCUGGAGGUGGUGGGAGAGUGGAGGUUUAGUAAAAUCCACUGUGACAUCUUUGUCACCCUAGAUGUCAUGAUGUGCACUGCAAGCAUCCUCAAUCUCUGUGCCAUCAGCAUUGAUCGAUACACAGCAGUCGCCAUGCCCAUGCUGUACAACACGCGCUACAGCUCCAGACGACGAGUCACUGUUAUGAUCUCGGUGGUGUGGGUUCUGUCCUUUGCGAUAUCAUGCCCCCUGUUGUUCGGCCUCAAUAACACAGCGACUCGCGACGAGUCCCUGUGCAUCAUCGCCAACCCGGCCUUUGUGGUGUACUCCUCCAUUGUGUCCUUCUACAUUCCCUUCAUCAUCACUCUGCUGGUCUACGUGCAGAUUUAUGUGGUGCUUCGCAAGCGGCGGAAACGGGUGAACACAAAGCGCUCGUGUCAAGGGACAGGCGACCACAACACAGGCGCCACGUUAAAGGAGAAGUGCAGUCACCCAGGAGAUGUGAGGCUGUGCACUGUGAUUGUGAAACCUAAUGGGAGCUUUCCUGUCAACAAGAAAAAAGUGCAGAUCUUCAUCAAAGAGGUGGCCCACGAAGGGGAUGACAUAGAGUUGGACGAGAUGACCGACUGCAACCCUCAGAAACAGAAGAAUGUGGACAAUGCCACCGCCACGCCUGUCAGCCACCAGCUCCUCCCGCCAACCAAGGCCAACGCCCGCCGCACCUCCGUGCCCCCCUCCCCGCCUGAGAGCUCCAUCAAAGUGGAGAAGAACGGCGACUCGAAGGACAUACUGGCGGAGGUGCCCAAAGUGGCUAAAGCGUUUCAGACCGAGGCCUUACCUAACGGCAAAACCCAGACGUCUAUCAAGCAGCAACCCGCUCUCAUGAGUAAGAGGAAGAUCUCCCAACAGAAGGAAAAGAAAGCCACUCAAAUGCUAGCCAUAGUCCUUGGUGUGUUUAUCAUAUGCUGGCUCCCUUUUUUCAUCACUCAUAUAUUGAACACCCACUGCACCACGUGCAAGGUUCCUGCGGAGAUGUAUAACGCGUUCACGUGGCUGGGGUAUGUGAACAGUGCGGUGAACCCCAUCAUAUACACCACUUUCAAUAUAGAGUUCAGAAAAGCAUUCAUCAAGAUCCUGCAUUGCUAAGGUUGGCAUUUGAGAAGGGAGCUGGAAUGAAGAGAAGCGUCACUUAUAGCCUACUAAAAUAUACCUCAUCCACGUGAGGACAGUGCACAUGACCAUCAAUCUCAGUGAGGAUCUUUGACAAAUGGAGAGACUGAGUAAAUGCCACACAUGAAGUCUCGGGGACUUUUGUGGAUUAUUCGGUGGACUCAUGUUCUCCCACAUGAAUGUAUAUCGAGGAGUAACAUCUUUAUCAAUGAACUGUUUCUUGGAAAUGUCAUAUUGGUCUUAACCAUCGUGCUUGUCACUUAAGAGCCAUCCAUGUAAAGAAAACACCAGAAGAUGUUUAAAAGAAAAUGCUAAAGCAAGCCACUUAUUUAAUCUGUGCAUAUGAUGUCUUUUGACAAUGGCUGAAUCCCGCAAAAGAACAACUAGAUAUCAGCAAAUCAGUGUUCAUCUCAGUAUUAAACCUGAUAAUAUUAAACUGGUCAUCCAUGAGCUCUGCAUCUUUAAACCACCCACAGAAUGGAAUGUGUGUUACAUAGAGAUGAAACAUUUUGACUCAUCGUUUUUUCUCACUGCUCCGCUUGGCAAGAGAGGCAGCCGCACAUUUGUGAUAAAAUGAAUUAUUAUUAAUAAUAGUAUGAUUAUUGUUAUUAUUAUUAUACGAAAACCCUCUGCAGCCACCACUGGUCAAUUGUUCCAAUCUGGCUCGGAAGGACCAUGAAUAAGGUUUUUGUACAAUUCUGAUUUAAAUUUCCUGUAGAUGCUUUUUAUAAACACAUUCUAUGUGAUUAUAUGCCUGCAAUGAAAAUGUGAUGCAUGUUACAUUGCUCCUUUACAUGGAUUCUCAUGAAAUGUAAGUAAAAAAAUAAAUAAAAAAAAAGUGAAAAUGUCCAAUAAAUUGAGUUAUGAGACAUGUGCUGUGCCAUGUAAAUGUCUUAUUCUUUGAUACUCUAUAUACUGUGUAAAUAACUAAUACAAUAGUACAAUGCAAAACUUUAUACCACUACUAGGCUGAAUACUCUAUUAUAAUUGGUCGAGAGGGUGUUGAUUAUUUUCCUGGUAAUACACUGCAAAAAAUGAUAUGGCAAUAAAGUAGUUCCAACAAAGAGGUGUAAUGGGUUCGCACUCAAAAAUAUGUUGUAUAAAGCGUUUUUUUUUAAAACUGCAUCAGGAUAAGCAUGCACAGACGUUUUGGCUUUACAGCCUUCUUCAGUGUGUAGGUACAAUUUUCUUUCAUUCAAAACAGCAUUUGUAAAAAAUAUAUAUAUAUUAAAAGGGCCUCACGCCAUUCCAUA